UAUUAUCCAUUAUUUCCAAUAUAYUAAAUCAAAAUACUGAUAAAAAAUGUCGAUUAAGUCAAUUAGAGUCUCGUAUGCGGUCACUGAUUGGACAGUACGGCUUCAGUGACCACAAAUGGCCAGAAAAAGAGGACGAAAUGCAAAGCUGGUGCAAAGCCAUACCUAAAGAUGGAAAGGCAGCUAAAAAUUAUGUUAAGAAAUGUUUGCACGGAAUGUCAGGAACUAUAAUGUCGGUCACGAUAUACGGGGCCGAAAAAGUGGCCCGAGGCUACUGUAAUAACCCACAGGAAAGGGAUGCAUAUAUGUCACGCGGAAAAUGUGGUAAUAAAGCCAAACCGGGAACUACUAAAUGCUGGAAUAAUAUCAUUAAUGUUAUGACUAAUAUUAAACACUUGAAUGUAUCGUCAGCUAAGAUACCGUCAUUUUGUUGUUCAUUUUUUGAAUGGCGUGAUUGUACAUUGAAUGAGUUUAAUAAGAUGGGAGCACCGGUAUGUUCACAGCAAGACAUUGAAGGUUUCAGUUCACACAUAAGCCGUGGAUCACUUGACCCGUUGAAUAUGUUGUGCGCCGAUUACGAUGACUCCGAUAAAUGCGAUAAAAUUAUGGAUAAAAUUGAGAGAAAACCGACGACAACGCGGUUCAGGACUAUGUUUCCCGCACUUAUGGAAAUGUUUGACACCUUAUGAACCAAAUGUUUACACAAAUAUUCAUUUUAAUUUAAUUUAUAAUUUUUCAAAUACUAAUGAACCCUACUUUACACUAAUUAUCAAUCUAUUUAUUAU